AUGCGUAGCACAUGUGAAACUAGUGACGCAGAAUAUGAAGGUAGCGACGAUUCAAAGCAAGAUGAAUAUCUUAGCGAAGACCAAGAAUCCGCUAAUGAUGAGGCUCAAAGAAGAUCUGUUAACCAAGAGCGAAUGCAACAAGAACUUCAAGAGUUUAAUCAUAACAUCCGAGAAGAGCGUGUCGAUCAAAAUAAAGCAAGAUAUAAACUUUCAGAUGCUGAGUUUGAUGAUGGAAAAAAACCAAGACAAGAUCAAAUUAAUUUAAAUGUAGAAAAUGAAAAUGGAUUUUCAGUACAGAGCGGGGUACCAAAGACAUAUCAUAAUGAUAUAAAUAAAGAAGCAGAGACAAAUGAGGAGUUACGUGAAAACCAGAGAUUAGAGGGAAGAGAUAUCUAUAGGAGACGGGAUGGAAGAGAUUAUAAUAAUGAGCAUUUAGAUAGUAAUGAACGACCUAGCUCUAUUAAACAAUAUUAUAGUACCUCACAAACAAGAAAUAAGGACAUAAUUGAUAGAAGAAAAUAUGACAAUUCAUGUAACACAAGAGAUCGACGUGAAAUCCAAAGCAUUAAUUCUAAAGAAAAUAACAAAGAUAUAAAUGAAAGUAGUGAAAUUUCAAUCCUGAAAAAUAUUAAAAUGUUAUCUGACAAAGAUUUAGAAAACCUACUGAAUUCUCUUCCAGAAGAUAAAAAAGCUCUUUUAAGAAAAAUUAUGGAUAAAAGAGAAAUCACGAAAAAAGCUGGCGCUGUUGACGACAACGGCUUAGACACAAGCAAACUUGAAGGCAGCUAUUCAAUAGAUUCCAAUACUGUUUCAAGUCUUUCGUCUAAUACCGAUACAUCUGACACAAUAAAACACAGUGAAAGUGAAGAAUCGAGCACAAAACCUCAAGACAAUGAGAAUGAUACAGGAAAAUCUGAAAACAAAGCUGGACUGAAUGCUAACACAAACGAACAAACAUUUGAGGUUAGCAUUGAAGCUGUAACUUCAAAUACAGAUACGAGAAACGAUGCUAAUGUUGUAAAUAAAGAAACAUCUAAAAAUGAUAACAAAAGAGAAAUUAAUUUAGAUUUAGAUAAAAAGGAUGGAUUAUUAGAGGAUACGAAAUUAGGAGACGAUUUAAAUUACAAGGGGUCUUAUGAUUCAUUUAUUGAUCAUGAUGUUUUAUGUUCGGACAAUAAGGAUUGGUUGGAUUCGGAAACUGAUAGCAGUAAUACGCAAAAACGGGAAGUAUUACAAGACAAUUCCUUCGCAGACGCAGAUUCUAUUAAAUCUCUAGAAGACUCAUUUCCUAGCGCUUAUGGUUACGAAGAUGUCAAUUUAAAUUCAGAGCCUUUGAUACGUGUUAAGCGCACGGAAUUAAAACACAGAGUUAAGAAACGGGAUUUGCCUCCUUUAAUAAAUGAUAAAGUACCUUUUGUUCCAGUAUUUGAGCAUAACGAGCCCGAAAACGUUGAGGUAAGUGAAUUUGAAGAUAAAAGCUUCUUAAAUCAUGCUGACGUAAACGUAAGAGAUGAUCCACAAAUAAAACGAAACAAAGACUCUAUUUUGGAUAAAACCACUGUGCUGCGUCUCAAGUCAGGCUUAAACGAUAAUUCAGAAUUAGUUACAGUUGAAACAGACCAAUCUAAUAUUGGCUCUGAUACGGAUAGUAUACUAUCGAACGAUGAAGUAGUAGGUGAUAAUAUUAUGUACAAUAGUAAAAUUAGAAAUAAGAGGCUUAACGAAAACACUGAAGAUGAAAAAAACAACGAGAAGUUGAUUCGAAGUGGUCGUACAAUAACGCUUAUAGAUAACGAAAGUAAUUCAAGAUCAGAUAAUUCUAUAGAUACUCCUCAAUAUCAAGGAGAAGAAUCUUUUGGAACUAUUUCACACAACUCUGAA